GAGCACCAAUCAUAGACAGACAGGUGCUGAUGGAAAAAAUGUGGGAGUUGAUGUAGUGCUUUCAUCACCUUUGCCUUCCCAGGUAAGAAACAGAGGCACAGUGUAGUAGUGGCUGCAACGUGGUUCCUUUUGUUGAGACGAAUGUUAAUAGACACUCACAUGUGAACCGCACAUUAACUGUCAGCCUGUUCGUAAGUGACAGACAGCAUUCUUCACCCACGCCAACCUCAGCAAUUUCUUAAAGUAAGCCAUCUGGCUCACAGCACAACUUGACAUCAAUGGGAAUUUUAUUUGAAGAAACCGAAUUCAGUGGAAGAUGCAUGUUGUUCUGCCUAUAAAAAGCAAAUCUAUGAUCAGCUAACAUUGAUUCCACAAAAACAAAUUAAGAGACGGAGCGGUGCUUCAAGUACAUUCUGUUGUGUGAAUCCCCACCACUUCCUGUAAAGACCAAAAUCCCUACUUGCUUCUCAAGAGUGCACAUCUCUUAACAGAGUUGUUGUAAAAUGAAAAAGAAGUAUAUGAAAUUACUCAUCGUAGCAAUAGCUAGCAGCUUUUGCCUUGUCAUUUUCUUUUCCAAACUAAAGUAUGUGGAACACAAACAAAGAUACUUGGCCAAGAUCACUUCAGUUUCAGAUACCACACCUAGAAAUCCUACAACUGUAGUUGUCAGCAGUAUCAAAAAGAAAACCUAUAAUGUUGCGCCGUAUGAACUUCCACCCCUUAGAAUUUCUGAGACUUUCAGAAAAGGCAUUCCCAAAAACGGUGCUUUCUGGAACCGGAAGCUUCAUUCUCUCCUCAGGCAGUUUGAUUCCGCUGACAAUCAAACGCAGAAAGGCCCACUUGACAAGUUUAACUGUCAGCCUGAGAGUUUUGAGUUGCUACAAACCAACAUUCAAGAUGUUCGUUCAUACCCUGCACUUUACGGAGACUUCCUUAGAGGCAUGGAGUGUCGAGACCCACCACUUCUUAUCGAUCAGCCUGACAAGUGCGCAUCAGAGAAUGGAGAGGAUCAAAUUUUCCUCCUUUUUGCGAUCAAAUCCAUCCCGAGGCACUUUGAGAGGCGCCAAGCAGUCCGAGAGACCUGGGGAAGAGGAGGCUUGUAUGAAAAUGGACUUCAAGUACGAACCGUCUUUCUGCUGGGCCGAUCAUCAGCGGAUGAUCCCAAGCUCGACAAACUGGUUUCAUUUGAAGCUCAGCAGUUUCAAGACCUUCUUGUCUGGGAUUUCCAUGACUCCUUUUACAACCUGACUCUAAAGGAGCAUGUGUUCUUCAAGUGGAUGCUUGAUAACUGUCCUCAUGUGUCUUUCAUUUUUAAGGGUGAUGAUGAUGUUUUUGCUAACACUCAAGCAAUACUGAAUCAUCUGCAGUCUCUGGAGCCUGAACAGGCCACGGCAUUGUACACCGGGCAGAUCAUUUCUUCCGCCAACCCGUUACGGGACCCUAAAAUCAAAUAUUAUGUUCCUCAGUCAUUCUAUGAAGGUCCUUACCCUCCUUAUGCUGGUGGCGGUGGAUUCCUCUUUUCUGGAAACCUUCUUCCAUCUCUUUACCAUGUUUCCUUUUACAUACCCUUCUUCCCUAUUGAUGAUGUCUACAACGGGAUGUGCUUCAAGGCACUUGGAAUCCCUGCAACGAAACACGAGGGUUUCAAGACCUUUGACAUUCGGGAACAAGAUCGAGAGAACCCCUGUGUACACAAAGACCUGCUCCUGGUGCACCAACGUAACCCUGGGCAGACUAUGAGACUGUGGAGAAAUAUGCACAGCACCAUGCUGACCUGCUGAUAUUUGUAAACUAUUAAUAUAUUAAAAACAUAUUAAAUAUAUUAAACUUGAUAAAACCCUUGUUGCAAAAGAACAAGCUGGUGAAAUUUUCUGGGGGCAACAUGGGGACAGUGCAGAGCAUUACAGUACCUCUUAAGAGACCCUGGAUGAAGACUUCUGUUUUGUUUUCAGUUAGUUUGAAAGGAUUUGGUCUUAUUUCUUUGAAUAUUGUACUUGAAAGAAAAAUGGUGUGCAACACUAUGAUCAUAUCUUAUGUUUCUGUGCAAUUGACAUUGAGUGAGGUUUACUUUUAUAGGUUUAACUUGUACAGGUUAACACGGUUCACAAACGAGAAUUCAUCCUCAUGUCAUUCCAAACUCGUACAAAACAAGUUUUGCUUUGUUCCGCAUUUAGAGGGGUGUUUCAGAUGGUUUUGUUCUUACAAAA